GUUUGUUAUCUUAAAUUUAAAAAAGUUAAAUACCACUUGUUGAAAGAGGAUUAAGACUCUUUAAUUAAUGUAUUCAAUUUGUUUUUCGACUCACUAGAUAGUAGACACUAGUUACUUUAUACAUUAAUGCUCGUCAAGAAAAUAUGAAAUACAACGUGAAGAUAGGCAUCAUUGGUGGAUCAGGACUUGACGAUCCAGAUUUUUUUAAAGAUGCAACUGAAGAAAGAGUGAAAACUCCUUAUGGCGACCCAUCAGACUCGCUUCUCAGCGGCAAGCUCAACGGUAUCAAUUGUGUUCUAUUAGCCAGGCAUGGGCGUAAACACUCAAUAAGUCCCACCAAUAUAAACUAUCGCGCCAAUAUUUGGGCUUUGAAACAUCUAGGAUGUACACAUAUUAUUGCAUCAACAGCAACCGGUUCUUUAAAAGAAGAAAUUAAGCCUGGUGAUUUGGUAAUUUUGGAUUCUUUCAUUGAUUUAACAAAAAAACGUGAAUUAACUAUGUUUGAUAAGGAUGAUAAAGUCAUACACUUGCCAAUUGAACCUCCUUUUUGUUCAGCUACUCGGAAUAUUAUUAUUGAAACGGCUCAAAGCCUUGGUAUUCCUGUUCAUAAAACAGGUACAGCUGUAGUUAUUGAAGGACCUAGAUUCUCGACAAAGGCUGAAAGUAAUGUCUAUCGAUCAUGGAAUGCUGAUUUGGUCAAUAUGACACUUGCUCCAGAAGUUGUACUGGCUAAAGAAGCAGGUUUGUUGUAUGCUUCAGUGGCCAUGGCCACAGACUAUGAUUGUUGGAGAGAAGCAACAGAAAAAGUCAAUGUUGCUAACGUUAUCAGAGUUUUUCAAGAAAAUGUUAAAAAAAUCACGACAUUAUUUAUAGAAGUUUUGCCCAAAAUAGCGGAAAAAAAUUGGGAUGUUGAAAUCGAUGAACUAAAUAGUCUCAUACAAGAGAGUGUGCAGAGUAAAUGAUUAUGAAACAAGACAAUGAAGACAGAACAAAUAUUUAUAAUUGCCAUAUUUGUUAAAAUAUUGUUUCUAAAUACAAAACUGUAAUACUAUA